AUGAAGGAAAGGUCUUUGAAAAUAACAGAAGUCACUGUCUUGCUGAGGCUGCGUGUGGUUUCUUCAGACUCCGAAUCUGCGUGGGUCUGCACCACCACAAAACGGCUUCUGACAAUGAAGCCCAAACUGCAUUCUAAACAGAAUAUGCUUCUAACAGCUCUCAUAGUAUACAUUACAGGAGUACAGAGCAUCCCACGUGUCCUGCAGGUCACACCUCAAUUUGGAAGCGUAAGUGGUGCAACUCGUUUGACGAUUAAAGGGCAGGGAUUUGCUCAAAAAAACCAAUUUAACUAUGGAGCAGGAAACGACCACCUUGGUAAUACUGUUCAGUUGGUUUCUCAGACCAGAUCAAUCCCCUGUGAUGUAGAAAAGGACUCUAGCCAUGAAAACCAAAUAACAUGCUAUACAAGAGGUAUGCCUCAAGAGAACUACUUAGUCCAAGUCAGUGUGGAUGGAGUGCCAGUCACUGAAACAUCCACACACUCUACCAAAGGGUUGGCUAAAUCUUGGGCCCUCUUCAGUGGGGCCUCAUCUAGAACUCCAACUAUCACAAGCAUCACUCCUUUAACUGGAUUACCAGGUUCGCUACUCACCAUUAAAGGAAAUAUCUACACAGAUGUUUAUGGCAGCAAUACAGAUCUUAGUUCGACUGGCAGAAAUAUCAGGGUUUUAAGAGUUUACAUUGGAGGAAUGCUUGAACUUCUUAUACCUAAUUCUGAUAGACUGUAUGGCCUUCAAUUAGAAUAUAAUGACCAGGGAACAAUGAUUUGCAGAAUGACAGGAACUUAUGUGGGCAAUCACAACGUGACCUUCAUUCUGGAUAGUGACUAUGGAAGGAGCUUAACUGAUAAUGCAUAUUUUGUUUCAUCUUUAAAUAAGCUUGCUAUGUUUCAGAGCUACGCAGAGAUCAGUGGCAUUUCUCCAUCUGAAGGAAGCAUGGAGGGAGGAACCAUACUAACUAUAAAUGGGCAGUACUUUGAUCAGACAGAUAGCCCGGCUAAAGUUCUAGUCGGAGGUCAGAAUUGUCCGGUUCUAUCUUUAUCCAAUAACAAAAUCACCUGCAGAGCCCCAGCAUACCUGACAAGUAACAUUACUGUGUUUCCAGGUGGUAGAGGUCUGAAACUUGAGACCUGGAAUAACAGUAGCCCCAAGAAAUUGGAUGAGAUUCUGACGUACACUGCAUCAAGUCCUGGGUAUAAUGUCACCUGGGUAGAUUCUGCGUCAUAUACCUGGCCAGUAGAAUGGGAUAAUUUUGUGGCCCGAUUCAGUGGCUUCAUGAUCCCAACAGAAACUGACAAAUACCGAUUCAACAUCAAAGGGGACGAUUUCUAUGCUCUAUAUUUCAGCAAUACUGGCCAUCCCAAAGACAAGGUAAAGAUUGCGGACUAUGACACUAACAGUUAUUACAAAAAUCCUUCUCAGCAAUCAGACAUUCUUCCUCUUGUGAAAGGCAAAGUGUAUUAUAUUGAAAUACUGCUAAUGGAGUAUAGUGGUGUUGCCUCUGUAGAUGUGGGUAUGUUUAAAGAAAAGAGCAUCUUCUUGACAGAGCAAACAUCUAAUGCAAUCAAAGAGGUCCAGAUCAUCCAUACAACGUAUACUGUUUCAGAGGAAAAGCAGGUUCUGUGCUUUGAGAACUGGACAACAGGAAGCCCAGUUAACGAAACUCAAAGAAUCACUGUAAAAAGCUCCUGUUUUGAUGUAGUCCCAAUUCCAGUGACUGCCUCAGCUGAAGAAGUUCAGAGAGCUUUAAAUACUCUUUGGUCAGUUAAGCCAGAUACAGUCCAGGUGACGAAGGCAGACAUCAGCCAAGGUUCUGUUUACACCAUAACCUUCCAAUCACAAAGAGGUGAUUUUGAAGAUCUUCAGUAUAAGGCUGUAGAUAGUAUUAACAUAACUGUUGAGGAAGUAACCAAAGGAAAGCCCAGUCUAACAACAUUUACAAUGAUGUGGGAUGGAGUGUGGUCUGAACCGCUCAGAUAUAACGCAUCUGCUGAUGAGGUCAAAAAUGCCCUUGAAGAAAUGGUCGGUGCAAAAUGUCCAAGCGAGUUUACUGAACACACUGAAGGUCUUGAUGUAAAAUACUUCAGGGAUUAUGAAACUGGAGGGUACCAUUGGGGAAUACUUGAAUCAAAAACAGAUGCUUUCUGUGGACGUUUCUAUCUGAAAAAUCCAUAUUUACUGUAUAAUACAGAAGAAAUAUCACCGUCUGGGCAAGCCUAUGGAGAUAUCCGAUUAGAAAAAUAUAAUACGGUAAGUUGGCAGUACACUUGCAUUGAUCUGCUCCUUCCUUUGCAAGACAUGUACUCUGGAACCAAUUAUUUGCUUCAGAACAUUUAUAUUUUCACGGCAUCAUCAGACUUCUACGUGGACACAGUUUACAUUGGGAAAAAAAUGAAAUCAGGAAGUAUAGAUGUAUUGACUUCGAGGAGAGCUCCAGCAUUAGCAAGCAGAGGGAUUUUUGUUGAGCAGAUUAAGGUCAACAAGGCACCUCUAUCAGGGUCUUCAGGAUCACACCUCUAUGAAGUCUCUAUGAAACCCUACAGCUGUGGACAUGACUUACCUUUACUGGGUGUUGGAUUUGCACAGAAUGUGUCAAAUAUUACUGAAGAUGAAGUGCUGUACCAAGGAUUUAACCCGGAAGCCAGAGCUGGUGUUAGAGUAAAGAGAUUGCAGUAUGCUUCGCCUCCAGUCUCAGGCACAUUUGAUGUAGAGAUCUAUGGAAAACAAAUACAUGGGCUCUCUGUCAAUGUGUCAGAAGCAGAUUUGCAAUAUGCGCUGCAAGGGAUUCCAGAAAUGGGACUGGUACAAGUUACCAGAAGCGGAGACUGUAAAGGAUAUGCUUGGACUGUCACAUGGAUGACCAAGACUGGACACCAACCCCUAAUACAGAUUAAUAAUGUUUCUACCAAUGGAUUAAGUAUCAGCAUAUCAGCUUAUGUUGUAGAAAAGGGAGGUUUGUUAAUACCGCAGAUUUUGGGAGACAUGUUGCGUGUUCCCCACGCUAAACCACAGGUUCAGGUUUUUAUCAAUGAUAUCCCAUCAUACUGCUCCAGUGACUGUGGAUAUCAGUGGAAAUCAACAAAAACUCCAGUUGUUUCAGGGUUAAGCCCAACUGAAGGAUCAUUUCAUGAACAAACCAUCUUGACAGUUACAGGAUCUUCACUUUCCAAUAAUUCCCCCAAUGCAAGUGCUAAAGUUUAUGUGGGGGCUGUUGAAUGUAAUGUUACAAAGUUAAGUGACAAUGGGAUCACCUGUAAAGUUGGGAAUGCAAGUGCCGGAUCCUUCCCAGUUUCUGUCUAUAUUGCAGAGCUUGGUCUUGCUCACAACGUCAACAAUUUAACCAACUUCACUUACAAGAUGGGAGUCACGCAAAUCUCCCCUACUGAAGGCAGUACAGCAGGAGGAACUGUGCUCACCGUGUCUGGAUAUGGUUUUGGCCAGGAUGCAGUGGUUAUGAUUAAUGAUAAUCCCUGUGUUGUUAUUGAUGUAAGCCUGGAUGAACUGAAAUGCAAAACACCAGCUGGAACAUUGGGCCCGGUCAAUGUAACUGUAAACAUGAAGAAAAUGGAAGCUGUGCUUGAGAGCAGCCUCUUUACCUAUACUGACACAAUGACACCAGUCAUAACACUGAUAAGCCCACAAAAUACCAGUGUAAUGGGAAACAAUACUCUUACAAUUGAAGGAUCUGCCCUUUCCACCAGUGGCUCUGUCCUUAUUGGUAAUACAGAAUGUAAAAUAGUUGAGUGGUCAGACAGUAGCAUUACCUGCUGUCUUCCCAAACUCCCACCUGGGUUGUACACUAUCCAGGUACAAGUUGGAAACAGGGGCUACGCCAGCCUAAGCAAUGGUGUCAAUGCUUCUAUUGAAUAUGUGUUGCAAGUCAUCUACGUCUCCCCCCUUCAAGGCUCUCUGUAUGGCGGCACAAAGAUUACUGUAACUGGUUCAGGGUUCAGUACAAAUACAGAAGACAACCAAAUCACUUUAGAGAAUACAGAUUGCAAAGUAACAUCAGCUGCACAGAACCAACUGGAAUGUGUGGUGCAAUCAACUGGGAAUAGCCACACCAUCACAAAUCUUGGAAUACACCCAGACUAUGGGGUUGGGUAUGCUUGGACUCCAUCAUCUUUAGAGGUGUUUGUAGGAGACACAGUGCAAUGGCAGUGGCAGGCACCGUCCUUUGUGAAAGGGAUGGGUUACCGAGUGUUCAGAGUCUCCAAUCCCAGUGAUACAAACUAUGAUGGCAGUGGAUUUACCAGUGGAAACAGCAAUACUGCUUUGGGGUCUUUCAGAUACAGCUUUAUGCUUCCUGGAACCUACUACUACAGCAGUGGUUAUAUAAAUACACAAAGCAAUAUAUUUAUGCAAGGAGCUAUCACUGUUAAACCAAUACCUGAUAAUAAAAAGAAACUGUAUAUUUCAGUGGGAGGAAUUGAAGCAAAAUACAAACCAAGUGAAACAGUGGCUGACUGCCCAGAAACAGUCCCACUCUGCAACCAGACCUCCAAUGAAACUACAACUGGAGAUGGCAUUUUAUUCCAGUUUUCAAGCUGUUACUCUCCUACUGUCACCAACAUCAGCCCAUCUAAAGGAACUAUCUAUGAUGCAAUAUCCAUCAAAGGAACAGGAUUCAGCAGCACUAACUGUGCAGAUGAGGUGACUAUUGGAGGACAUCCAUGCAAAGUGAUCAACAGCACUACUACUGAAAUUACCUGUGCUCUGAAUCCAGAAAAUGUAAUGAAUAUUGGCUUUGCAGAACUGGUGUCUGUUAGGGUCAACAAUCUAGGGACUGCCAUCACCACCAUCACUAAUGAGUUUAGCCGUCGCUUUGUGCUCUUACCAACUGUCGAUUUUAUCCACCCUAGUGUUGGAGCCACCACUGGAAAAACAAGGGUGACUAUUCAGGGCUCUGGAUUUUCAACCCCGGCUGACAGUAUAACUGUAGCUGUGGCCGGUGUGGACUGUUCAGUUGUCUCUGUUAAUUACACAAGUAUCACCUGUGAUACCUCUCCAGCUGAUGCCACUGAGGGGGAGGUUCGAGUGUCAGUGAAUAAUUACCUUGCUAGUUGUAAUUCCGACUGUCACUUUCAAUAUAAUGCCUCAUCUAAUCCAUCUGUGUCUAGUGUCUCACCGAACAGCAUCAACAGCAGUUCAACCAUCCUUUCUAUUAAUGGAACUGGGUUUGGGGACCUUCUUGAAGAUAUUGAGGUUUUCAUUGGAAGUUUGAGAUUUCAGCCAAGUGCAGUCACAAAUGCACAAAUUACUUGUCCCAUAGGCACAUUGCCUGCUGGUAGUUAUAAUCUUAAAAUUGUUGUGAUGAGCAAAGGAUUGGCAUCAGGAAACAUCAUGGUUUCCAGUCAGACUCUAGCCUCUCUUACACCAAGUUCUGGAAGCAUCAAAGGAGGAACAACUUUGAACAUAACAGGCAAUGGAUUUGUUCCAGGCAAUACCACAGUCACUGUAGGGAACUCUCCUUGCUCAAUUAUUUUUGAAACACCAAGCAAAAUCAUGUGUCUGACACCACCCCAUGAUGCAGGAACUGCUGCUGUUAAGAUCAUGGCUCUGUCAGUUGCCUACCCAGAAUUACAUUUCAACUAUGCAACCCAAGACACUCCAAAAAUCACUACUAUGAGCCCAUCGUCAGGUUUAAGUGGAACAAAUGUUACCAUUACUGGGUCUGGAUUUGGAUCCGUUUUAGAAGAUAACUCAGUGGAUAUAGAUAAUGUGAAAUGUACACUGACAACAGUCAGUAAUACACAGAUUGUAUGUUCUGUGGGAAUCCAUGCAGGAGGCACCUUUCCCGUAGUGCUCCACAAUGCUGUUAAGGGAUAUGCUGAUUCAAAUGCUUCUUUCAAAUAUGAGAUGUCACUUGUAGCUGUCACUCCAAAAGAAGGAAGCUUUGGCGGAGGUGCCAUUCUAAUACUAGAAGGAGCUGGAUUUGACCAGCAAAGCUCCAGAGUGUUUGUGUGUGAUAGUGAAUGUAAAGUAGACCGACAUAAUUCUACCUCCAUCAGCCUCAUAUGUGAGGUGCCAUCUUCUAAUGGUACAGGCCCACAACAGGAUUGUGAUGUUCUUGUUUCCAAUGGCAAUGAAAACAAGACACUAUCUAAUAUCUUCUCCUACAAGUCUUCCCUGACCCAUGUAAUAACUGACGUGUCUCCAAGGAGAGGAGGCACAGCAGGAGGCACCAAACUUACAAUUUCAGGAUCUGGUUUCAGUUCUAGCAUGAAUGACAUCAAGGUCACUAUAGGACGAUCACUGUGUGAAAUUGAGUCUGCAAGCAGCACACAAAUAAUCUGUGUCACAGAUCAGCAUCUUCAUUCAGAGCAGACCAAAGUUAAAGUAUAUAUUGGGAAAAACGGCAUUGCUAAACUGGACAAUGCUGAUUUCUUUUACAUUGAUGUCUGGUCCUCUAAAUACACAUGGGGUGGGGAAUUCCCUCCUGAGCAAGGAUCCUUUGUUGUAGUAACCAAGGGGCAGACAAUCUUGCUAGACACAAGCACCCCUGUGUUAAAGAUGCUUCUCAUUCAAGGUGGAACCCUUGUGUUUGAUGAAGCUGACAUUGAAUUGCAAUCAGAAAAUAUCCUGAUCACAGAUGGUGGAGUUCUUCAGAUUGGAACUGAAGAUGCACCAUUCCAGCACAAAGCAAUUAUUACACUACAUGGGCAUCUUCGUUCAAUUGAACUUCCAGUGUAUGGGGCUAAGACUCUGGCAGUUCGAGAAGGAAUCCUAGAUCUCCAUGGCAUGCCUGUUCCUGUAACGUGGACCCGUUUGGCUAAGACAGCAGACAAAGGUUCUUCCACACUGGUUUUACAGCAAGCUGUGACAUGGAAAGCAAGAGAUGAAAUUGUUAUAGCAUCAACUGGAGACAGGCAUAGCCAAAAGGAAAAUGAAUUAAUGAAAAUUGAGUUCGUAUCAGUUGAUGGAAAAACCCUGACCUUAGCAGAACCGCUGAAAUACCAACAUUUAGGAGUUUCUAUCACCUUGUCCGACGGGACAGUAUUUGAAGCAAGAGCUGAAGUUGGACUUCUUACUCGGAAUAUUGUUGUCAGAGGGUCAACCAAUAUUGAAUGGAAUGACAAAAUAGAGGCCUGCCCUGAUGAAUUUAACACAGGUGAAUUUGCUACCCAGACUUGUUCCCAAGGAAAAUUUGGUGAAGAAAUUGGCAGUGACCAAUUUGGUGGUUGUAUUAUGUUCCAUACCCCACGGCCAAGUGAAAGCUUAGCAAUUGGAAGAAUUGAAUACGUUGAGGUAUUCCAUGCUGGACAGGCCUUUAGAUUGGGACGAUAUCCAAUACAUUGGCAUCUUAUGGGAGAUUUGAAGUUUAAAUCUUAUGUCAGAGGUUGUGGAAUCCAUCAAACCUAUAAUAGAGCUGUCACUAUCCAUAACACUCACAAUCUUUUGGUGGAGAAAAAUGUUAUCUAUGACAUCAUGGGUGGGGCCUUUUUCAUUGAGGAUGGGAUUGAGACAGGCAACAUUCUUCAAUACAACCUGGCUGUCUUUGUGCGCCAGAGUACCAGUCUCUUGAAUGAUGAUGUCACACCUGCAGCAUACUGGGUGACCAAUCCCAACAACAUAAUCCGUCACAAUGUAGCUGCUGGAGGAACCCACUUUGGGUUUUGGUACAGAAUGCAUGAUCAUCCAGAUGGACCAUCCUUCGAUCUGAACAUCUGCCAACAACAUGUUCCUCUGGGAGAGUUCUUUAACAACACUGUUCAUUCUCAAGGCUGGUUUGGGCUCUGGAUUUUUCACGAGUACUUUCCUGUGAAAAAGGGAUCUUGUGGCUCCACAGUGCCAGAGCCAGCACAAUUCAACUUCCUGACCACCUGGAAUUGUGAGAAAGGAGCAGAGUGGGUAAAUGUGGGGGCAAUCCACUUUAACAAUUUCCUAAUGGUCAACAAUGAAAAGGCUGGCAUUGAAAUGAAACGUGUUUUUAAUUCAUUCAUUGACGGCUGGGGAGCGAACGGGGCCAUGAUUAAAAAUGCCACCGUAGCAGGUUACGUGGGUGAACUCAGUUCUGACUGUAAUUCUAAGGGUAUCAUUCUCCCCUUUAAUGAAGGACUGACUGUCACAUCUGUUAAAUUUAUGAAUUUUAAUCAUUCCUCAUGUGCUGCCAUUGGUGUGACAUCGAUUGCUGGAAGAUGUAUAGACAGAUGUGGAGGCUGGGGUGCCAAGUUCAGUAAAGUAGAAUAUUUCAACACACCCAGUAAGGCUGCCUUUCGAUGGGAGCAUGAAGUUGUUUUGAUUGACUCUGAUGGGUCUCUGACGACAAAAGGUAUUGCUAACUAUAAGGUGGUUCCUAAAAGCUCCCUACUGGACCCGUCCCACUGCUCCCAAGAAGCUGACUGGAGUGUGGGGUUCCCAGGUUCAAUUUGUGACCCCACAGUCAAGUUCCACCGCCUUGCUUUCAACAAUCCUUCACCUGCCUCUCUUGAAGCAAAGAAUGUCAUUCUGACAGACUUACAUGGUACCAGUGUCAUUCCUUACUUAAAUAAAAGGCUGACCCACGCCCCUGGUUGGAUGGCGCUGAUUCCAGAUGCAAAUAUGUUUAACUGGUAUUUUGAGAAUGCUGAUCAAAUUACCAAUAUUGCUUACAGUGCCACAUUCUAUGGAUUUAAGCAAGAAGAUUAUGUCAUUAUUUCGCACAAUUUCACUCAACAUGCAGAGAUGUUCAGAAUAACUGACAUACGUAACAAGUCCACAGAGCCUUUGAGCUGGGAUAAAAAUGUGAACGGUGACUGGUAUGUGCAGGCCAAUACAACAACCUUGAGUUACAUAGUGUCUGGAAAGACCAGCAUGAGCAGACACAGGGAAGCGAGCGUGGAUCCUUCCAUGUCUGAUGAGAAUGUGGAGUUUCAAGUUUACACCUGCUUCUUUAACUGUAACCCGUCAGUUCCAUCAGACAUCCCAUUACCACCAACCAUCCCAUUACCACCAAACAAGAAACCUGCACAUUUUGUUCUGUGGUCCAAUGACUCUUUCUGGAAAUCUUCUGCAGAAAACAGUUACACUGUCCCAACAAAAGAAUCUGAUGUGGUUAUUCCAGCAGAAUAUUGGGUAGUUCUGGACAUAGACACCCCUCCUUUGAAUAAACUUACUAUUCAUGGAGUAUUGGAAGUGGACAGCGAAAUCUACAACAAGUCAUUUGCUGCAAGCAAUGCAUCUGGGAAGAUAGUAAUGAAAGCUACCUACAUAUCAAUACAGGGUGGUAAACUAAUCGCAGGACAGCCUGACAGUCCCUUUAAAGGUGAACUAGACAUUGUUUUGAGGGGGACUCAUAAAACAAUAGAGUGGCCUUUGCUCGAUCAACCUAACCAGGGAGCAAAGGUUUUAGGUGUCUUUGGAACUUUGGAACUUCAUGGGAUGCCUCACUCUAUAUAUCGGACUAAACUAGCUUCAACAGCCUCAGUGGGGUCUACCAACUUAUCUCUAGUUGAUGCGGUUGACUGGAAGGAGGGAGAUGAUAUUGUGAUAACUACAACCAGCUAUGACUCCUGGCAGGCAGAAACAAGAAAGAUCAGAAUGAUUUCAAAAGAUGGAUUAAUCUUGACCCUGAAUGCAUCUCUAACCUAUUCACACAUUGGUGAGAGUUAUGGUGUACCUGGUACAGACCACAGUUACACACUGGCCAGUGAUGUGGGUCUUCUGAAUAGGAAUAUCAAGAUAAUUGGUGAAGAUUAUCCAGGCUGGUAUACAGAGUCUUUUGGAGCCCGAGUUCUGGUUGGCUCAAUCUGGGCAAAUGAUGACACUGAGUACAGAGGAAUUGCCAGAAUCAAGGAUGUUGAAUUCUAUCAUAGCGGCCAAUUUGGCUAUAGUGAUUACAGUGAUCCAAGAUAUUCGGUGGCUUUCACAAAUAUUCCAGAGAAUGAUGAUUUGUCCUAUGUAAAAGGCUGUGCUUUCCAUCAUGGCUUCUCACCUGCUAUAGGUGUCUUUGGAACUCAUGGACUCAAUAUUGAAGACAAUAUUAUAUAUUUUACUGCUGGUGAUGGUAUUCGGGUCGGGGGAAACAGGAACAAGAUUAGGAGGAAUUUGGUAGCUUUGACUGUUUGGCCCGGUGCCUGGCAUGGGAGAGAGGAAUCUAACAACAUCGAAUGGCAUGCUGCAAUUAAGAUCAAUGAAGGUCAAAACAAUGUACUUCAGGAUAAUAUUGUAGCUGGGUUUGAGAGAGUUGGAUACCACAUUGAUGGUGAACCAUGCCCAGGUACAUCAAAUCCAGCUGAAGCUUGGCACAACAAUGAGGCCCACGGGGGUCUGUUUGGGGUGUACAUGAAUAAAGAUGGCAUUGCUGAUUGCUCCUAUCUUCAGGGAUUUACCAUUUGGAAAUGCUGGGAUUAUGGAAUCUAUUUCCAGGUAAUACUUUUUGUGCACAUCUCGAAUGUCACACUAGUAGACAAUGGAAUGGGAAUUAUACCAUUUAUCUAUGAACCUCCUUCUUUAUCACACAUGUACUCCAACAAAACUGUUCAGAUUGAGAAAUCCCUGAUUGUAGGAAAUAGCCCAAACUUUGAUUGUUCAGAUGUAGUAAAGAAUGAGGAUCCAAACAUCAAAUUAAGUUCUUCGCAUAGGAGCCCCAGGCCUCCUACAGGAGGCAGAACUGGAAUUUGUUGGCCCACCUUUUCCUCGGCACACAAUCAUGCACCAGAAACACCUCAUGCUGGAUUGAUGAGCUACAAUGCCAUCAGUGGACUUAUGACCGUAACAGAUUCCACAUUUGUUGGAUUUAAGAGCGUCUGCUCAGGACAGAUUAAUGUGAUGUUUAUUACCAAUCCUAGCAAUGAAGAUUUACAGCACCCAGUACAUGUAAAGGGAAUAACAAUGGUUAAUGGAAGCGAAAAUGCUAUGGUUUUCAUACAUAGACCAGAUGUUAACAUGGUGAACCCUUCGGACUGUGUUGAUAUGGAUUGUGAUGCUAAAAAGAAAACGAUGCUCAAAGAUCUGGAUGGCUCCUUCCUGGGUGGGAUAGGGGCUGUUGUUCCCCAGUCUGAGUUUGAGUGGAAUGGAGACAAACGGCAUGGUCUUGGGGAUUACAGAAUUCCUUCUGUAAUGCUCACUGAUCUCAAUGGAGGACGUAUUCCUGUUAAACAAAUUGCACCAAACAAAGGGAUAAUCAGGGACUCCAAAUGUACAUACGUGCCAAGCUGGCAGAGCUACAAGUGCCUAUCUCUUGACUAUGAGAUGUUGGUUAUAGAGAGUAUGGAUUCUGACACGGAGACCAGACGCCUAUCUCCAGUGGCAGUGCUUGGUGAUGGGUACAUAGAUCUUAUAAAUGGUCCUCAAGACCAUGGUUGGUGUGCUGGAUAUACCUGUCAGAAAAGAGUCUCUUUGUUCCAUAGCAUUGUGGCAACAAAUAAGUCUUAUGACAUUUACUUUACUAGUACCAGCCCCCAGAACCUUCGCUUAAUGUUACUCAGUGCUGAUAGCAGCAAGGUUGUUCGUGUUGCAGUUUUUUAUUCCAGUCCUCAGCGUUUAGAUGUCUAUGUUGAAAACAAAUUGGUUGCUCCGACAAAUGCUGAUUGGAACAGUGACAACACUGACUACACAUUAAAGGAGCCUACUUCACCUGAUCAAUACAUUCCACAAAUGAAGUCUGAAGUCUACGGAUCAAACUACUUUGACAAUACCUAUAAAAUGCUCAAUAUUUUAGUUAGAGGCUCAACUCCAGUUGAAAUCCGCACAUCUCCACUUCUUUUCAUUUCCUUUCAAAUGCCUGCCAUGACCAUUGACAAAUUCUACGGAGAUAGCCUUAUCAAGAACCUUGCAAUCUUCCUUAAGAUACCUGCAAACAAGAUUCGCAUCACUAAGAUUGUACGGGAAAACAGGCGCAGAAAACGUGCCACUGGUCUUACCGUUAAAGUACAGAUUGCUGAGCCACCAGCUCAGCAGUUAAGCAACAGCACCAGUCCAGGCCAACUUGAUUUCAAGAACCUGCAAGAAAUUUCUAAUAACAUUGGGCAAAUGGCUCUUACUGGAAAACUUAGCAGUGCCAUUGGGUUCAAUGUUUCAUCUGUAGCAAUUUCCAAGCCAGUACUUUCAACGAGUGACCCACAAUGGAGCCAGAUGGCUGCACAGCCUUCUCAAAGAACCGAUGAAGCUGGAGAGUAUGUUUCAACUCUUACACGCCUGGUAGUUGUCACAGAGCCGGUAGCUGGGCAGAAAGGACAGAAUUUUACCCAACAGCCAUCCAUAAUGGCUGUGGAUGCUAAUGACAAUUGUGUGUGUGUAGGCAUUACUAAACUCACACUUACAGCAAAACUUACAAACCCAGAAAACCAGGAUAUUUCCGGACUAAAUGGAACAACCACUAUCCCCUUCAAUGGCUGCUGGGCUAAUUACACAGACCUGUCCCUUAGUAUCAGUGGGACAGACCUGAUGCUUGCAUUCACACUGAACAACGUCAAAGCACAAUCUAAGUCAUUCUCUGUAAAAGCCAAUACAGCUCCAACAGCAACACCAACAGCUAAUACUGGAGCAUUUGGAUCCAGCAAUGCUUUCAAAACAGAGGCUCUUUAUGUAAUUUCCAUUAUUUAUUCUUUAAAGCUAAUACUGUGUAUAUUAUUACUUCACCCUUCUGACUUUGUUUUUUUUCUCCACUGUAUAACAAUACCUUAAGUAUAUAAACAUUAAUGUUGCACAAAGAUGUUACUAAAUGUUCUACAAACAUAGCACUCCUGGAAUAUUUGGAAUAUUCCAAAAACUUGAGUGUUAUUUGGGUUAACUUUUGGGAGAUAUGCAAAAGUCUGGGCAACUGAACUUGAACUUUAGCACUGACUGAAAGAUUACAGUUUAUACAAUUUGAAUCAGAAAUCCACACUACUAUCCAGAAAAUAAAAUCACUAUAUUAAGGUUAAGUUAAGGGAAUUAUUAUAUAUAGUUAUUGACUAGUUACCAGAAAAUAGAUACAGUAAUAUGUGUGCAAUUUCUAUUGUAUUUCACAUAUGUUAACAAUUGUUUAAAAUAUAUCUUUAAGUUGACUAUAUAGAUGCUAGUGUAAUAUAUUGUAAUAGUAUAUGUAGCAUGUGAUUUCA